UACAGCUGUCUGUAAGCGUAAGACAGCUGAAGACUUUCAGGAGAACACAGAAUAUACAAGACCGUACGGUUGGACGCAUUACCAGUCUUCGAUCAAUUUAAAAGAAAACAUGGCCAAUAGCAAAGAGGUUGUCGUCAGUGAUUCUCAGUUGAGUCCAGACUUCAUCCAGGAGCUUCUCCCGUCUGCGGAGCGAACGGCUCUCCUCUAUAAUCUGUCAUUCUUGUGUCUGGGAGGCUUCCCACAGCUGGAGCGUAUGAUCAGAGACCAAGCUCUUGAAACACAAAUGCUGUUCGGAUCCUCUGAGGCUGUUCUGCUGAAGUGUGCCGGCACGAGUUCCAACCUGGUCACCUCGCUGUUCCCGAUACUGAUAAAAGCUGUUGAGAAGAACAAACCCGUACUGGCUGUGAUCUACCUGGAGAAAGCCAGAACAUGGAUCGAGGACAUCAUCAGUGCCGUGGGUGACAUGGUGACGAGGUAUGAAAAACGAGCCCAAAGUGUGAAAACAUGCACCAGUGAUGUGUAUCAAGAACAGAACCAGACUGAAGGAAAAAUAAAGGAACACACUGUCGAGAUGAAGGCUCUGGAGGAUGCUCUGGACAAGCUUAAAGUGGAGCUGAAACAAAAUGAGAGCGAAAUGGAGGCAAUUGAGAACAAAAUUAAAAAAAACACUGAAGAGCAGCAGGAUCUGAUCGAAAAUAAUAAAUACCAUCAGUCUUUUUUAUGGGGCUUGUUCUCAUUUGAUGGACACUAUGACAAUGAUGCUAUUAUUGCUAAACAAGCCGAACAGACCCCUCUUAUCGCUAAAAAGGACAGUGUGCGAAACAAAAAGUGGGAAAUUAACAUCAAACAGACUGAUUUUCAGCUGAAGUUGGCCAAUUGCAAAAUAAAACAGGGUGAGAUUCCCAGUCCUGUUCACCUGAAGCAAGCGCAGAAGAAUCUUGAUCAAAUCCGACAAAUUCUGGUUGAUCUUAAUAAGUUCUGGGAGAAAGUGUCUGCUUUGCUAGGCACACUGAAAGACAAGACCUUUGCUGGAGAUAAACUGAUUGAAUACCUGGAAGACAUGAAGGAGGAGUUUCUGGAGUCCAUUGAAGAAGCAAAAAAGUGCUGGAACAGGUUUGGUGCAGGCUGUGAGAGAGCACAGGGCAUCUUCAGCGUUCAGUCAAAGACUGCAUAUAAAUUCCUGGAGAUCAAUCCGUCUUCACUCUCAGAGGCUGAAAGGAAUAAGCAGUACGAGUCUAUCAUGGAGAAGCUGAAGAAGAUCAAUCCUCAGGCCUCGGCCAAAGCCGCCAUCCCUACAUGACCGACAGAGAUCUGAUGCUUCUUUCACACUUUACACGCUCUUUAUAAGGCAUACACAUAUUAAUGCAUACAGCAUCUUGGCAUUUCUGUAACUCUUUGUAAUCUUUACAACUGUUCUUGCACAUGUUCAAUUACAGUUCCACAUACAUAUAUACUUUAGGAAAUAUUAUUUCCCCAUUUCUAUGUCUCAAUUUAUGACUAUCUCUCUUAAAAUUGCUUUGCAUUUCAUUAUGGUUUAAUGAUCUUGUGGUGGGUCUGGUCACAUGACUGAUGUCUAUGUCACACAAUAAAGACUAAAGACAUUAAA